AUGGCAGAAGUAGCUCCAGCAGCUCCAGCUCCGGCUGCGGCUCUGGCUCCGGCUCAAGCGGCCAAGAAGAAGAGGAACAAGCCAAAGAGCAAUAGUAAGAGCCUUCCUGGCCUUGGCGAACGCAUCCUGAAAAUUGUAGCCACGUCCAAAGACCGGGGUGGCAUGUCCCUGGCCGCCCUUAAGAAGGGUCUGACUGCGGAAGGUUAUGAUGUGGACAAGAACAAUGCCCGAGUCAAGAGAACCAUCAGGAAUUUGGUGACUAAAGGGGCACUGAUUCAUGUCAAAGGGACUGGAGCCUCUGGCUCCUUCAAAAUAAGCAAGACUGCGGACAAGAAGGCGGAAAAGAAAGCCACGUCUAAAACCAGGAAGUCCGCAGCAAAGAGAGACGCAUCACCUAAGAAGCCCAAGACUGCAGCAGCCAGGAAGUCAACAGCUGCUGAGAAGGCGAGGAAACGCCCAGCAGCGGCUAAGAAAGCAAACAAGGCUUCAAAGAAGAACAACAAGAAGGCGGCUAAAAAGGGCCCCGCGGCCAAGAAAGCCCCCCUUAGGAGGAUUGCUAAACCAAAAUCCAGGAGGGGAGCACCCAGGAAGAAGUGA